CCUCAUCUUUUUCUCGUUCGUGACCAAAACAAAUGAAGCAGAUGAAGUAGAGUUCAUCUGUUUCAGAGGCCUCGGCAUAUGAAGCGAUAGUGUGCAGAUGUUUUAGAAAAAUGACAUUAAGCUCAAAACCUGUUUCCUGCAUACAAACAACAUCUUCCUGUUAAUUUCCUGCAAUUUUCUUUUGCAUGUUCACAUUUUGGUAGAUCUCGCCAGAAGAGAAUGUUCCUACAUACGGUUUGGGUUUUCUCCACGAUCCUAAUGUCUCAAAUUUUUAUAGCCAAAAUUUCUAGUGACUACACCAACACGAUAAAAUCAAACAGUUUUGUUUGCAAUGCCCCGGGAUCUUGCAAAGCUGUAAAGAGCAAGUUCCCAAGGACAGUUGUCUUGUUGGCAAAUGGACUAGAAGUUAUGUGCGACACCAAGACAGAAAGGGGAGGCUGGGUGGUGAUCCAGAGAAGAUUUGACGGACACUUGGAUUUCUAUCGGGGGUGGGAGGAGUACAAGUUCGGGUUUGGAGAUUUCAAUAAAGGUGAGUUCUACCUGGGCAACGAGAAAAUCCACCAGUUGACGAUAUCCAGAAGACACGCACUGAGGAUCGACUUCAAAUUUAACGGCAAAAACUACUACGCGAAAUAUGCCCGGUUUCAGUUGUAUUCAGAGUUAGAAGGUUAUAGGCUGAAGGUCAGCGGUUACUCAGGCAAUGCUGGGGAUGCUCUCACUAAACUACACAACGAUCAAAAGUUCAGCACGUUCGACCGAGACAACGAUACCGAAGAGAAAGAUCAUUGUGCACGGCAUUUCAACGGAGGCUGGUGGUACAGCGACUGUCAUGAAGCCAAUCUGAACGGACUUUGGAAAAGUGACGAGUCCGGCAAGGGUCUCAUCUGGGUCCCAACUACAGGUCAAAACGAGUCAGCUACGUUCACGGAAAUGAAAAUAAAACCGAUCUAUUGACAUCAAGGAAUAAACAAAGUGGUCAAUAUU